AUGCAUGUACCCGUUUGCUUCAACAGGGUCUCCAUCGUCCCCAUCGACGAUGGACAGAUGGACAAACUCACCAUGACCGAGGUCCGUGGCUGGCGCGACUCCACCGAUGACCGACCGCACCCCUCACUGCCAGUCCCAACUUGGUCUCAUUUGUCCGCCAUCACACACCAAAAGAGGUCUCGGGUGAUCCAGCCCCCAUCGAAGCAAAAUGGAGGAUUCAGGUCACUCGUGCCCCUCGUGUCAAUUGUGCCAAUCCUCGACCCCCGCGAUCGAGCGUCUCCUCCGCGAUGUAACUUGAUCUGCAGGUGGCGAGAGAGAUAA